AUGGCUCUGCUGCUGUGCCUGGCCCUGACAGAGGCGCUGGCCCGCGGCUGCUUGCACUGCCACGACAACUUCUCGGAGAAGUUCUCCUUCUACCGCCAUCACGUGAACCUCAAGUCCUGAUGGGUGGGCGACAUCCCCGUGUCGGGUUCGCUGCUCACUGACUGGAGCCAGGACACAAUGAAGGAGCUGCACCUGACCAUCCCCGCGGAGAUCACCCUGGAGAAGCUGAACCAAGUGGCGAACGUCGUGUACCAGAGGAUGGAUCAUCUGUACCAGGGAAAGCUGUAUUUCCCUGGGUAUUUUCCCAACGAGCUGCGAGCUAUCUUCCGGGAGCAGGUGCACCUCAUCCAGAAUGCCAUCAUCGAAAGCUGCAUCGACUGUCAGCGACACUGCGGCAUCUUCCAGUACGAGACCAUCUCCUGCACCAACUGCGCGAACUCACACGUUGCCUGCUUUGGCUACAACUGCGAGUAG